CUCGCUGCCAGUGGAGGCGACGCUCGUGCCAGAGCAGAGGAGAAGUGCCGUUAUGUCGACGGAGUGAGCGGCGGGACCGUGUCGUUUAACUGGAUCUUAACCCCCUAAAGAGGACCUAUAUCUCCCGGUCGGGCGCGGGAGUCGUCUUGAGGAGUGUUGCAGGGCUCGCGCGGAAGGGAGCGUGCGUGCAAGUCUGGGAUCAGCAGAAGGCUCCGGUUCACGACCCGCUCUCUCUGAUGGGUGCAUGCUGUCCAUCGACAUUCACAGAGAAGCGCACGUCGUUCAGAAGAGACAAGAUCUGUAAAAGAAUGAAGAAAAGUUAGUCAAGAAUUCCGGGAACGUAAACCAGUGUGACACACAAAGCCUUUGUUUCAAGAGUGUUCUCGAGCCACGUCCUGGCAUUAUGAGUGCGGAGGGAUACCAGUACCGGGCGCUCUAUGAGUACAAGAAGGAGCGCGAGGAGGACAUCGACCUGCACGUGGGCGACACGCUGCUGGUCAGCAAGGGUGCUCUGGCGGCGCUGGGCUACACCGAGGGACUGGAGCAGCGGCCGGACGAGAUCGGCUGGCUGUCCGGCUUGAAUGAAAUCACGCAGGAAAAGGGAGACUUUCCCGGCACCUAUGUGGAGUACAUCGGGAAGAAGUGGAUCUCGCCGCCCACGCCCAAACCCAGACCCCUCAGGCCCCUGCCUGUGGCCCCCGGAGCCUACAGGACAGAGUCGGACUCAGACCCCGAGCAAGGCCUCGGUCUUCCGGACCUAACAGAACAGUUCUGCCUCCCGGAUACGGCGCCGCCCAUGUUGGCCAAACUGCUGGAGGCCAUCGAGAGGAAAGGUUUGGAGAACCCAACGCUGUACCGGACCUUCACCGCCGGGGGAGGACUCGAGGUCCGACAGUACUACGAAUGUGACCCGGCCUCAGCGGACCUGGACCAGUUCGACCUCCCGAGUCUGUGUGACGGUCUGCGGCGCUACCUGCAGGACCUGCCUCUGCCCGUGGUGCCACCCGCGGUGCACGCCCAGCUGCAGCACACCGCCAAAGAGGUGUCCGGCUCAGAGGAGUGUUCCCAGCUGCUGCGUCGGAUCGUCAGCAGCCCGUCGCUGCCGUCCCAGUACUGGCUCACCCUGCAGUGUCUGCUGCGACACCUGGCCCGAGUCUGCCAGAGCGGAUCCAAGAACCUGCUGACGCCCAGAACCGUGGGAGAGAUCUUCAGCCCCGUCUUCUUCAGACAGCAGAGCAGCAGCUGUGAGCCCAGUCUGGACUCUCACGUCAGGAUCCUGGAGCUGAUGGUGACCAGCGAGUGGACCGGCAGUCAGACAGCACCAGCUCUCCCCCCGAAGCCGCCCAAACCCGCCACAACGAGCAGCAGCAGCAGCAGCAGCAAUGGCCUGGGCAGCAGCAUGACGCUGCAGGACGCCGAGUGGUACUGGGGCGACAUCUCCAGGGAGGAGGUGAACGAGAAGCUGAGGGACACGGCUGACGGCACCUUUCUUGUGAGGGACGCCUCCACCAAGAUGCACGGAGACUACACGCUGACCCUCCGGAAAGGGGGCAACAACAAGCUCAUCAAGAUUUUCCACCGCGACGGGAUGUACGGCUUCUCCGACCCGCUGACCUUCAGCUCCGUCGUGGAGCUCAUCAACCACUAUCGCAAUGAGUCACUGGCCCAGUACAACCCGAAGCUGGACGUCAAGCUGCUGUACCCUGUCUCCAAACACCAGCAGGACCAGGUGGUGAAGGAGGACAACAUCGAGGCUGUGGGCCGGAAGCUGUGCGAGUACCAUCAGCAGUACCAGGAGAAGAACAAGGAGUAUGACCGCCUGUACGAGGAGUACACCCGCACGUCCCAGGAAAUCCAAAUGAAGAGGACGGCCAUCGAGGCCUUCAACGAGACCAUCAAGAUCUUCGAGGAGCAGUGUCAGACGCAGGAGCGCUACAGCAAGGAAUACAUCGAGAAGUUCCGGCGGGAAGGAAACGACAAGGAGAUCCAGAGGAUCAUGGGCAACUACGAGAAGCUCAAGUCGCGCAUCAGCGAGAUCGUGGACAGCAAGAGUCGGCUGGAGGAGGACCUGAAGAAGCAGGCGGCCGACUACCGUGAGAUCGACAAGAAGAUGAACAGCAUCAAACCUGAUCUCAUUCAGCUGCGCAAGACCCGAGACCAGUAUCUGAUGUGGCUGACGCAGAAGGGCGUCCGGCAGAAGAAGCUGAACGAGUGGCUCGGCAUCAAGAACGACAACGCAGAAGAUCAGUACUCGAUGGUGGAGGACGACGAAGACCUCCCUCAUCAUGACGAGCGGUCCUGGAAGGUGGGCAACAUCAACCGCCUGAAGGGAGAGGCCUUGCUCAAGGGCAAGAGAGAUGGUACAUUCCUGAUCCGAGACAGCAGCAUGAUGGGCUGCUACGCCUGCAGCGUCGUCGUGGACGGCGAGGUGAAACACUGCGUCAUCAACAAGACGCCGACGGGCUACGGCUUCGCGGAACCCUACAAUCUGUACGGCUCGCUGAAGGAACUGGUCCUGCACUACCAGCACACGUCCCUGGUCCAGCACAACGACUCUCUGAAUGUGACGCUAGCGUACCCGGUGUACGCGCAGCAGCAGCGGCGGUGAAAAGCCUGGGACCUUUCAGUGACUUUCCCUGAGCAGCGGGGGGCAGCGGCCCGUCUGAAUGUACCUUUGCUUUAUUGUGGGAGCGCCGACCUGCCAGAGUCUCCCUGAGGCCAGAGGCCUUCUCCCAACACGGUGCUUCGUUACCUUCAGAGCUUUACCAGCCGGAGUGUUUUUGCGUACGAACGGACCCCGUCCGCCAUCUUGUGCGAGUGACUGUCCAUGUGACCAAAACCCAUAGAAUCAGGACGCGACGGCGAAUAGCAGGCAGCAGAUCAGCCGACCCAUGUAGCAUAAUGGCACUUUUUUUUUUUUCUUCGUCUGUGGACUUGACGAGUCGUCUUCAGGUCGGAGCCGACCUGCGGCCUGUCGUGGCUGGGACUGUGUACAUACCAGUCAAACCAAAAAGGAUCCGCUCCGGGUUUUUGUUCUCCCCUCUGACCUGCUAUGCAACAACCCUCCUCCACACCUGCACAGUAUAAGCUUGUUUUUAUUUCCUGUGUAAGUCGAGAUUCGGGGCAGAAAACGGCCCACGGCUCUUGUCUCUGCUGCGAACUUCCUCUCAGGCCUCCACUCUGAGCUGCUUCACUCGUGUUGGCGGUCAGCCGCAACUGGAUAGAUUUAUUUUGUUAUAAAAACAUAUAUGUUCCCAUUCAAAAGCGAAAUCUCGGGGUCAAAGAGCGGACGGCCGACGCGCUGCGGUAUUUUUCUGUAUCAGAAACGUUACGCAGGUGGAUUGGCUCAUCUCAGAUGUAAUUUCCUACAGAUAUAUAUAUAUAUAUAUAUAUAUAUCUAUAUAUAUAGUAGAGAGAAAGAGAAAGAGAUAAAUAUAUAAAAAUAUACGUGCUUGACAGAGGAGCUCAACUUCACGAGUCACGGCUGAGUUGUGUUUCGCUCAUAUUACAUGCCAUGCUGCGCCAUCCUCAACUGUGUUUAGCGUGCAUGCACACGGACACCGCUAACUCAUGAACAGCCAUAACUCGACUGUUGUGCUAACCACACCUCAAACAUCUUCAACGUUCAGCUCUCAAACUUGACUCGUGGAUUGAAAAAGAUGUCAUUGAAAACAUGAUACGAUACGCACAACGGCGUAGCACAAAAGUCAUUGAUGGUAUUGGUACGUUUGUCUUCAUAAUCUCAUGUGAACGCCGUGGCGAAGAGGAGGUUUCUGCAAAUCCGAUGUAAACACCUAAGCUGCGAUGUCUGCUAAUGGAGAUGGUGUUUUAGCUCCAAGGCUAGCACGCGAUGGUUGCGAUCUCUGAGGUACGAAGCGUUGAGCUCAGCUCGUCACGCCACCUGUAUCAACAACAAGGAGUAGCUACCUCGAAGCUCAUCGUAGAACGGUCGUCCACGGAAACGUGGCCAGAAUAAUAAAGUCUGUCAGGACACAGACCAUGAGUGAAUAAACGGUACGGACUUUAAUCGGAUUCGUAGAAAUGUUUUUAAUCUUGUGUACCAUUUGAUUGGAAUGUAAACCAAUAAGCCCGAUGAAUUGUUAGUGCUCACGAGCGCUUCUGCCGAGUCGUCAAAUAUUCAACAGUGACUUGUCGUCAUUUGAACGAUGAGCAUCGUUGCUAUUGUUGGGCUCCUGUUCGCAGACGUCACAGGUUCUCCAUCCGACGUCGACACAAGGAACUUUGACCUCCCACCAGCUGCUGCACAAACCUGUCGUUACUUUGUCCGAAAUGUGUUUUUUUUUUUUUUUUUUACUUGUCUCUUUAAUCGUUCGUUUCCCCCGAAAGCUCCACGCAUCUGUUCCGACGUCGGGAGUCUGAGUGACGUUCCGCAGUUUGGCUUCAGAUCUGUACCUGAGCUCCAAUAAAGACUUGUUUUUAAGAACUUU